AUGGCAACCGCAUCACCAGCUCCCCGGACCCCGGGUCGGACUCAGCCUUCCGCAGAAGUCCCUCCUGUCGUCACGGAGACCACCAAAGACCAACGCAGAACAUCGUCGCUGGGUUUCCUUCGUCGCUCUAAGUCCAUCGAAAUAUUAGGUGAAAGAAGGUCGUCUGGCAGCAAAAACGGCAAGAAGAUGCCAAAGCCUCAACCGACAGAGGAGGACACUCGCUAUCAACGCGAAUCGAUGAUGUUUCAGCAACCCCCCCGUCUUCCAGACCUCUCUCCGGCUCCCGUCCUGGAGACCUUUGGGGGCGAUGAGCGCCAGGACACCGUUGCUGCUCUUUCGAGCCAGCCCGCCCCAUCCCAUCAACAAGCCGUGCCCCGCAGUGCGAUAAGCACGCCUGUUACCCCAGAGCCCAACGACCUCUAUUCACGAGCUGAGAGCAUGACACACCGCGGACGUUAUAGCUACGCGAGCAGCGCAGUCAGUACCGUCAACAACCCCCGUCGGCUGCGUCGACGCAAGGACCCAACUCCAUACAAUGUUCUUGUCAUUGGUGCCAGUAACUCAGGCAAGACCUCAUUCCUCAAUUUUCUCAAAAGUUCUCUGGAAUUGCCACCGCACAAGCACCCCUCUCGCCUACCAGAGGAAGUCGCACAACAAGCUCGUCAAUCCCCCGCCAACGAAGGCUACAUUUCCCACUAUCUGGAAACAGAGAUCGAUGGCGAGCGUGUGGGUCUGACUUUGUGGGACUCUCAAGGGCUGGAGAAGAAUAUUGUUGAUAUCCAAUUACGCGGUGUGAAUGGUUUCCUGGAAAGUAAAUUUGAGGAAACCCUGAGUGAGGAAAUGAAGGUUGUCCGUUCACCCGGAGCUCGAGACACUCACAUCCAUUGCACUUUCUUGAUUCUGGACCCAGUGCGCUUGGAUCAGAACAUAGCGGCUGCCGAGCGGGCUGCACAGGGAACUCCAAGGGCAACCGACACCCCCGUCAUUGGAGUUCUCGACGAGCGCCUUGAUGUUCAAGUUUUGCGAACCAUAGUAGGAAAGACCACCGUUGUCCCAGUCAUCAGCAAGGCCGAUACAAUCACUGCAGCCCACAUGGCAUACCUAAGGAAGGCGGUCUGGGACAGCUUGAAGAAGGCCAACAUCGAUCCUCUGGAGAUCCUUGCCUUAGAUGACCAGGAUGAGUACACGUCUUCCGAGAGCGACGAUGAGGAGAACGAAGAGACGCAAGGCCAAGAUGCGGACCAGCAGGAGGCCGGCGUCCCGCGAUCACCCUCCCAGCGCAGUCAGAGCACGCGCAAGUCUUCUGGAUCCCAAGUCGUGGUUCAACACAUACCUUUCACAACCCUGUCUCCCGACCCCCAUUCUCUAAAGGCCGGCGAUGAGCCUGUUGGACGCAAGUUCCCAUGGGGUUUUGCUGACCCAUAUGACCCCGAGCACUGCGAUUUUCUCAAACUGAAGGAGGCCGUCUUUACUGAGUGGCGGGCUGACCUUCGGGAAGCGAGCCGUGUGGUCUGGUACGAGAGGUGGAGAACUAGCCGCUUGAACCGUAAUGUUGCUGCUGCCGGCAGCGUUGCUCCCCAGAAGAAGCUUUUUGCGGGUAGAACGGGUCCCGAUGUGCGUCGGUUCCGGUAA